AUGGAAACAAAGCUAGGAAAACAUGGGUGUUACCUGAAUCAAACAGAGAAAAGUAGAGACAGGGAGAGGACAACCGAUAUAGGGUUAGGAGGCAGGGAAACGACUGAGCCAGAGGAAUUAAUAAACAUAGAUUUGGAUGUGUUGGGAGACCGUGGAUACGGAGGAAACGGUGGAUACGGAGGAGACGGUGGAUACCGAGGAGACGGUGGAUACGGAGGAGACGGUGGAUACGGAGGAGACGGUGGAUACGGAGGAGACAGUGGAUAUGGUGGAUACGGUAGAUACGGGGGAUACGGUGGAUACGGAGGAGACGGUGAUCAUCAGCAAUUCAUUUCCCCGGGCACUCCUUACGUUCAUCAAAACAAUUCGGACGUUGGAGGAUAUGGUAGAUAUGGUGGUGAAGCACCUCCCAUUCUGGACAGUCCGUACUUAAAAAAGACGGUUUUCAACUCCUUAGAUGAACUAAAGAAACGGAUACAAGAAAUAGCAAACGCGGAUGGUUUCGUUAUUGUCACCCGUCGAUCAAAGAAAAUCGGGGGAAGAACCGGGAGGGUAUGGCUUGAAUGUGAUCGUGGUGGUGAGCACCAGAGUACAGCAACACUUAGAAAAGCUGGAAGCAAAAAAACCGGUUGCCCGUUUUACCUGCUGGCUGUCCGAAACCACCCAUAUGAAACCUGGGAGAUAAAAGACGGAACAAUUGAACAUAACCACGAACUUUGUGAGGACCUGUCGGCCCACUCGUUUGUGCGAAGGUUUACUCCAAGCGAAAUGAAACUGAUCGAGCAGCUGACAGCUCAAAACAUGGAGCCGCGCAAAAUAUUUCAAACGAUAAGGAAGCAGGACCCCGACAGGUUUCAUGUUCAGAAAGACGUUCAAAACGUUGUAGCGAAGAUUAGAGCCGAACAAAGACAAGGAUUGACUCCCAUGCAGUCACUAGAAAAUGUGCUGAUAAACAACGACUUUAUUUACGAGACACGGGAAGAACCCGGAACAGAGAUCGUAACAAAGAUCUUCUUUCUUCAUCGGGACUCGAGAGUCAUGUGGCGUGCAUUGCCCCACGUCAUGAUGAUCGAUGCGACGUACAAGACAAACAUAUACAAUAUGCCCUUUAUCCAGAUUGUUGGUAUGACGCCUACCAACAAAUCGUUUAUUAUCGCGCAUGCCGUUGUUAGUAAAGAACGGGGUGAUAACUUUGUGUGGGUGCUUGAGAGGAGACCUAGCCCUUAUGGGCGCGUGUGCUAA